AUGGCUACAAGAACUGACGUCGAGCUUCGAACAAUCUUGCAGCCAGAGCGGCUGCCUCACUUGGGAGCAAUGCACGGGAAUGGCUCCAGACUAUCGCCAGACGCUACCUCGAACGCACUUGAUCGGGAUGAUUCGUCCAGACUAUCAACAAACGCUCCGUCCCAUGGCGGAAGGUUCCUCCAAGACGAAGCACCAGCAAACGCUGCCACCUCCCUACCCGAAGGAGGAUACGGCUGGACGAUCGUCUCCGUCUGCGCGCUCUUCACGUUCUGGUUCAACGGCAUCAUGGGCAGCUGGGGCGUCGUCCAGGCCGCCCUGCUGCGCUCCGACCUCCCAUCGACCUCGACCUCGACCAUCUCUUUCGUCGGCACCUUGGGCCUGGCCUGCGUCGUCGCGUUCGGACUGUUCAGCGUGCGUCUGGUGCGCAUCCUCGGCGCCCGUCUGGCUGCCUUUCUGGGUCUCGGGCUGCUUGCUGCGGGCGAGGUCGUCUCCUCCUUCACCACGUCCAAUGUGGGCGGACUGUUCGGCUCGUCGGGCGUGCUCUACGGCCUCGGCGCCUGUCUGCUGUAUUCGAUCUCGAACAUCCUGCCGACGCAAUACUUCGGUGCGCGCCUCGGGCUGGCGUCCGGGAUCGUCAAACUGGGCGGGGGCAUCGGCGCGGCCGUGCUGGCGGUCGCCAUUGACGCAUUGAUCGACCGAGUCGGCAUACCCUGGACGUUUCGAUUCCUGGGCCUCUGUUCCCUGGCAACGUGCGCGCCCGCGGCGUUCUUCAUCCGCGAGCGCGUGCCCAUUGGGAAGGUGCCAUUCCUCGACGUAUCGAUAUUCCGCAACCUGGCUUUCACGGCCAUCUUCUUCGCCGGCGCCAUCGGCACGUUCUCGCUCUUCAUCCCGCCCUACUUCCUGCCUCUCGUAGCCCAGAGUGUGGGACUGAGCUCGUCGACCGGAGCCGGUCUCGUGGGUGGGUUCAACGCAUGCACGGCCGUGGGUCGAUUCCUGUCCGGCUGGCUCAGCGACUCGAUCGGUCCGGUCAAUAUGUUUCUCCUAGCGAUGGCUCUCAACGCCAUCAGCAUGCUGGCCAUAUGGCCGGUUUCCAACUCGCUGGGCCCGCUUGUCAUUUUUGCCAUGUUCAACGGUCUGGCGAACGGGGCCUUCUUCACGCUCUACCCCGUUGUGGUGGCCAGCACGGCGGCGCGGGUGGAGCACGCCGAUUCCGGCCGCGUCGCCAUCGCCAUGGGCAUGUCGAUUACUGGCUGGACGGGCGGCUAUUUGAUGGGCGUUCCCAUAGCAGGAUAUCUUCUUCAGGCCUCAGGCAUGGCAGUCGAGCCGUCGUCCUCGACGAGGCACAAGUCCGACACUCCCAUCGCGCCUUACCGUCCCGCGAUCUUCUAUGCCGGCGGCGUGGCAUUAGUCUCGGCAGGUUGUGUCUUGGUCGCGAGACUGAAGCUCGGGCCGAGUAUCAGGAAGAAGGUGUGA